AUGAGCAACAGCUCCGCCAUACUGGGCAAACCACCGAACAAUGAGGAUGACUUCUUUAUCGUUCGUGGUAUUUUCCGGUCUGUCGGGCUCUUCAGUGCAAAUGCUAGCAGGGGAUGGAUAACGGUACCGAGCGAGCCCGCGGGCUACCAGUACGAGACGAAGCAGCCGGGAAUCAUCGCGGGCAUGGUCAUCGUUAUACUGCUCAUAUCCGUUGUGACGGCCACAAGACUCGCAUUACGAUAUUACAGUACAAAAAUGGUAUUUGGCUCGGAUGACUGGGUUAUUUUAGUUGCCGCUUCCAUCGCUGUCACGUACCCGAUACUGCAGAUACUCAUGGUCGUUCAAGGCGGAGCAGGGCAUCACGUGUGGGAGGUGACCUAUGCAGAAUACAACGUCUACGCAUACUACGGGCGGAUCUGCCAGAUCCUUUUCUACAUCGCCGUCGGCUUGAUCAAGAUCUCCAUCACGCUCUUCAUCCGGCGCAUCGUCGACUGCAUCUCGCGCUUCUGGACGAUAGUGACCGACGUCUUCCUCGCCGUCGAGGUCGCCUACGUGCUGCUGGCCGUCUUCUGGCAGGUCCUCCUCUGCCGGCCCCCGCGUGCCAGCUGGGACAGGUGGUACAGCGGCAGCCUGGCGCAGCCGGCCUCGUGCCUCGACAACACGCUGUCGGUGCGGACGCUGCGCGUCACGCACCUCGCCCUCGGGGUGCUGCUCCUGCUGACGCCCGUCGUCAUCCUGUGGAACGUGCGGAUGCGCUGGCAGAAGAAGGCGCGCCUGUUCCUGAUCUGGGCGGCCGGCGCCCUGAGCGUCAUCGGCGGCCUGCUGCAGCAGCUGCAGUCCAUCUCCAAGGACUCGACGUGGAGCUACACGGACAUCCUGGUCUGGACCUGCAUGGACCUCUGCAUGGGCACCAUCACCGCCUCGCUGCCCGUCAUGGACGGGUGGCUGUUCGGCUCCUGGGGCGGCACCGUCGCCGACAGCAGCACCGCGGCCGCCCAGGCGAGCGGCGGCACCGCGGCGAGCAGCGCCUUCAGGAGGGCCGCCGUGUCCAGGACGGGCUCGGAGGAGGGCUUCAUCCGUGUGGACCAUGAAGUAGAGCUGACGUACACGCCGACCAAGGUCAGCAACCCCUUCGACAGCGACGCGGCGUUCUCGAAGCAUGCCGGUCCCAACGCGGACACGGAGGCGUGGGAUCGUCAGAACGCACCUCCUGCCCGCAGCUAG